AUGGACAUUAGGCCGAAUCACACGAUCUACAUCAACAACAUAAACGACAAGAUUAAAAAAGAAGAACUGAAAAGGUCCCUGUAUGCGUUGUUCUCCCAGUUCGGUCAUGUUGUGGACAUUGUGGCUCUAAAGACUAUGAAGAUGAGAGGACAGGCUUUUGUCAUAUUCAAAGAACUUGGAUCAUCCACUAAUGCCCUGAGGCAGUUACAGGGCUUUCCAUUUUAUGGGAAACCUAUGCGUAUUCAAUAUGCAAAAACUGAUUCCGACAUCAUCUCUAAAAUGCGUGGUACAUUUGCUGAUAAGGAAAAAAGGAAAGAAAAGAAGAAGGCCAAAACUCUGGAGCAGGCAGCAAAUGCAGCAAAUAAAAAGAUUCUCCUGGGGACAACACAGAAUUCAGCCAAUGCCCCAGGGACUUCCUCGCAGAAUCCACAGGUGCCUGAUAACCCACCAAACUAUAUUCUUUUCCUUAAUAACUUACCCGAGGAAACAAAUGAGAUGAUGCUCUCCAUGUUAUUCAAUCAGUUUCCUGGUUUCAAAGAAGUACGUUUAGUGCCUGGACGUCAUGACAUUGCCUUUGUGGAGUUUGAGAACGAGGCACAGGCAGGAGCUGCUCGAGAUGCUCUACAAGGAUUCAAGAUUACUCCAUCGCAUGCCAUGAAAAUCACUUAUGCUAAGAAAUAAUUGGACAUUCUUC